AUGUCAUUCACAAAUGAUUUAAAUACUGUUGAACUACUCGAUGAAAUAGAAAAUAUCUAUUUUUUGUGUGAUCGUCUCAAUAAACGUUUAAAUCAAAUAACAUGCUACGUUGAUGAAGUUAAACAAACAUGGAUAGGCAAACGAAAUGCUGUUGAUUUAGACGCAAAUAUAUCUCCUAUAAUAAUUCAAAAAGCUGUUAAAUGUAAUCGAGUUCUUCUACAUGUUGCUGAAAAACUUGCAGUGGUUGAACUACAAACUGAAUCAUUAAAUACUCUUCAUAUAACUCGUAAUGAUAUCAAAUCACUUAAAAAUGAGAAAUGUCAAGUACCACUAGCAGUGUGUCCGCAAACACCUGUUAUUCAUCAUGCAUCCAUGCGCACAGUACCAACCCAUAUGCCGAUCACUAAAACUGAGCCGAUCGGUCAUGGACUCCGUUUACAACAAGACACAUAUCCCAGUACAACACGUCCAUUAAAUCUUGGAACAAAUUCAUCCAUCAAUACGUUGGCCGCAAGAAAUACAGCAACAUUACUUAGCGAAACGGUUCCGAUGAAACCAUCAAUAGAACAACAACAAAAAUCAGCAUUUCGUCGGCCAACAUCGAUUCAACAAAUAAAAUCAUCUCCACAUGCCCUACCAUCAAAAACUGUUUCAAAUGGUUAUCAAAAAAUGAUUUCUCAUCCAACAGAUUCACAUUCAUGUAACACAGCCGAUGAAACAAAUAUUAUCGAUACUAAAGUUCGUGUUAAAAUGCAAGUCAUACCAAGUGGUACUAUUUGGCGUCAUGCUGAUAUCCCUAUUGUUGAUCAUCCAUCAGCAUUUUUUGUUUCCAAUCAAGAUCCGCGUGUUGCCGAACAAUUUAAUUUGAUGUCUAUUGAAAUGAACAAUUAUUAUAGUAAACCCGCUAAUACAACUGUACCAUUACAAAACAUAUCAAUUGGUGAUUUUUGUGUAGCUCGAUUUAGUGAAGAUCAAUUAUGGUAUCGAGCUCGAGUCGUUUUGAAUAAUAAUGAAUCAGUACUUGUUGUCUAUAUUGAUUAUGGAAAUUCAGAAUCCAAACCACCGAAUGAAAUUUAUCCAUUGAUUGAACCUUUAACACGAUUACCAGCUAUGACGGUCGCUUGUACAUUGAAUGAAGUAUUUCCAAGUAAUGAAAAUUUCUGGACUUCAGAAGCAACAGAUGCAUUUAAUAUGAUUGUCAAAAACCGUAUUGUUGAAGUUCAUUUUCAAGAAAACGUUGGAGAACAAUGGCCACUUCAUUUCGUUAAAGUAAUCCUCGAUGGUCAGCCUAUCGCUCAACACACUAAAUUAGCACAAUAUAUAACAUAUGUUCGAAAUGAACAGAUAGCAUUACAUUUCAAUGAUAAACUUACACCGAUGGAAUAUAUUUUGUAUAACGUUGCGGUUGUUGAAUCGGAUAUUUAUAAUAAUAGUCUCCUAUAA